AUGACGUGGACCAGAAACCAACAAGACAGGUCGACCCCACUUACAAUUAAUUUAACGAAAGCUUUGCACAUGUGCUUAGAGGCUAACACGAUUCGUUUCCCAAAGCAACCGAAACGCCCACCGAGCAACGUGGACAGAAAUAAGUGGUGCGAGUACCAUAGAAUUGCGGGACAUAAUACUGAUGACUGUUUCACUUUAAAGAAAGAGAUCGAGGCUUUGAUAAAGGCAGGUUACAUGCGUCAACUGGAAGGGCGAAAGGAAUCAGAUGGAGCUGGAACUUCAACGAAGCGUGAUGAAACAGGAAAGGAGAUUGAAGAGACAGAACCAAAGAAACAAGCGGGAGGUGAAACUAAAGGGCGUAUUCACUCCAUAUUCGAAGGAUUUCGUGGAGGAGGCAUGACUAAUUCUUCCAGAAAGAGGUAUGUUCAUUCCAUAAAUGCUGUAUAUGCUAAUGAUUGGGGAAGCUGGGGAAUCAACCAGCCCGAUAUUACAUUUACUAUCCGAGAUUUUGAGGGAGUUCAACCUCAUGAGGAUGAUCCCAUUGUGGUGAUGUUAAAAAUUGCUGAUUAUGAGAUUGAGAGGGUACUAUUGGAUCAAGGGAGUUCAGCAGAUUUGAUAUAUGGCGAUGCAUUUGAAAAACUAGGGCUUACAGAAGCUGAUUUAUUGCCAUACGAGGGGGCGUUAGUUGGUUUUUCAGGGGAGAAAGUAUUUGUUAGGGGGUAUGUGGAGCUGAAUACCGUGUUUGGAGAAGGAAAAAAUGAGAAAGCCUUUGCCAUUAAGUUUCUUGUGUAA